GGGAAAUUAUGUUGGAUAACCUCAAUUCUCUCAAUGAAAGGGAAGAUUAAAUCAUCUGCUGCCUUGCAAUCUAGUGGAUGAUCAUCUUUGCCAUCACGUGCUACCAGUUUAUUCCAGUGUUCAUUAUUUAAUUAAAUUGUACUAAAUUGGGGAAAAAAUGGAGUUUUGGUGCUUCCUGGCUUUAUCAGCUCUUUUUAUAGAGUCCACAGCAGCAAUUCAAGCUCGACACUAUAAUGCAAUGGAAAAUGAAGCUUUCAUUGUGGUGUGUCCUGGAAGAAAAACUGGAUUUGAAGUUUACUGGACUUACUUUAAAUCUAAUAAAAACAUUACUACCAGUGAAAGAAAUCGGAUAUAUUCCUCAGGGGCCAAACUCAAAUUUCUACCAACUUCAAUGAAUGACUCUGGAAUAUAUACUUGCAUUAAAAAAAGCUCCAAUCUCUCUUAUAGUAUAUAUGUGAAUAUUACAAUAUAUCCGCAAACUUGUGUUAUCCCCAACGACCUGUUGUAUACAGUAAUAAGUGGAACAUCUAAAAAGUCAAUGCUUCAUUGUCCUAGAAUUGAAUAUUAUGGUGAAAUAGCACAUGUGGACUGGUUUAAGAAUUGUAAAGCUCUCAAAGGACAACAUUACUUUGCAAAGAAAGAUUACCUGAUAAUUCAAAAUCCAACAGCUGCUGAUACAGGCGACUAUACCUGUAAAUUCAUUUACAGUGAAAAUGGACCCAAUUUCACUGUUACCGCAUCUAGGUCAUUUAUAUUUCAAGGUGAAAGUAAUUACUCCAUGCGUCCAGAAAUUAUUUACCCUGUGAACAAUCACCUCAUAGAAGUAGAGCUUGGAACCAAUGUGAAUAUGUCAUGUAAAGCUUGCUUGGGAAAAGGCUCUCAGAUGAUAGAUCAAGUUGGAUGGUGUAUUAAAGAGAAGAACAGUAUUAACUGCAUCAAAAAUUCUCGAUUUCAUGAGGAAAACAAAGAAAUAAAGUCUAUCACCAACUUAUACUGUAGAAACGUCAUUUUAAGAACAGCUAACCUGAGGAAAGAAGACCUGUCCUUGGAAUUUUAUUGUUGGGCCUUGAAUGAACAUGGAGCAAAAGAACACAGAGUAAGAAUCAGAAUAAAAAAGACAACUGGUCAACUAAGCACCUACUACAUACUUGCAGGAUUUAGUACAUUGUUAAUCCUAAUUAUUAUACUAAUAGUAAUAUUAAAAAUAUUCUGGAUUGAUUUGAUUCUGCUAUGGCGAGAGGUAGCUAGACCUUAUAAAUCCAGGAAUGAUGGAAAGUUAUAUGAUGCUUAUAUCAUCUAUCCCAGAAACUACAAAAACAGGACUGAGAGCGUUAAUUCCAUGGAAUAUUUUGUUCACCAGAUUCUGCCUGAAGUUCUUGAAAAGAAAUGUGGAUAUAACUUAUGUAUCUAUGGAAGAGACCUUCUGCCUGGAGAAGAUGCAGCCAGUGAAAUGGUAAAAUCCAUACAGAAGAGCCGACGGCAAAUUAUUAUAUUGAAUCCCCAGGUGGAGCAUGGUGAGGAAUUUGCCUAUGAGCAAGAGAUUGCUCUACACUGUGCUUUGAUACAGAAUGACUCCAAAGUAAUCCUUAUUGAAAUGGAAACAACUGAUGACACCAGAGAACUGCCAGAUUCUCUCAAGCACAUUAUUAAAAAGCAAGGUACCAUUGAGUGGAAGGGAGAUCAUGUCACCAAAAAACGAUCAUUUAACUCCAACUUUUGGAAGCGUGUACAGUACCUGAUGCCAGCGAAAAGCAAGUCCUUAGAUCCACUUCACAGCAGCAUAUGAAGACUUGGACAUUAUUGUUGGCUUUCCCAAGCUCCUACUGACAAAAAAAAUGCUUGCUUUCAUAUCUAAUAUGUCUUUAGAUUUUUUUUAUUUUAAGGGUAAGUUGAUAUUUGACCUAGAGGAUGGGGAUAGAGAGAAGGGAGUAAGCAAAGACAUAAAGACAGUAAAUACUUUAAGAACUCUUUUGAUAGCUCUCAUUCCUCUGUCCUACUUUCUAGUCAGUGCAAAUGGCUCAGAAAGUUUUCCACUUUUUUUCUGCUUCUUCACCACUUCCUUCUUCUUUUGUCAUACCCCAAAACCCAAGUUGUGUGUAUGAGGGAAACCUUCUCUCCCUCCCACUUUCAAGUCUUGUUUUAGCUCAUAUAUCCUUAGUCACCACAAUCCACAUUCUGAAAAACUGGAGUAAUAUGUUAAGGGUUAGGUUUUCAUCAGUGAUCAAGGAGUACUUCCAGAAUACUUUCAUACAAAGAGGCCUUAAUGAAUAUUUGGCCUUAACCUAAAUGCCAAAAUUUCAGUAAAUAUUUUAUUUCCAUGAAGAGUACAUAAACUAAGAAACCAGCUCAAAGAAGUCUCAUAUUUGUUUUAUUUUGUACUCUUCAUAUUGAAUAUAUUAUCCAAAUAUGGAAUUCAGGUUUUUCACUUUUAAUAUCAAACCUCUUCUCAUAUUUUUCAAUGAAAAAAAAAGCAUCUAUUCCUACCCCCACAGUCCCCAAGGCAUUUUACUUUUCCCUAUGACAUUUGCAUGCACAAAUAUUGUUAUUUCCAUUUUACUAUUGGGAAAAAUCCACAUAUAAUCAUAAUAGCUAGCAUUUUAAUAGCUCUUUAAAGUUUGCAAAGCUCUUUACAAAAAAAGCAUCUCCUUUCAUCCUUGAAACAACUCUGGUAAGUAGAUGCUAUUAUUAUUCCCAUGUUAUAGAUGGAGAAACUGAGGCAGACAGAGGCUAAGCAUAUUGUUCAGUGUCAUUGAGCUAGUAAGCAUCUAAGAUACAAUAUAAACUUGGGUCUUCCUGACUGUAGGUCUAAUGCUCUAUCCACUGUGCUAUCUAGCUACCUAUACAGGCAGACAUUUAAAAAGGAAGUAUUCCCUUGUAAUGUGGAGACAUAAUAACAUGAUUUAUGUAAUAAUUCCUAUGUGUAUUAUGUGCUCAUGAUUGUAAAAGAGGUUUCACACAUUUUCUUAUUUAAGCCCUGUGACAUAGGCAAAGCAAGUAUUACUGUCCUUAAGAUGAAAGAAAUGAGUCCCAUAGAGCUUGUUACUUGCUUAAGAUCACACUGAUAAAUAAGGGCUGAGCUGGGACUAGAAUCCAGGACUUUUCACUCCUUGUCCAGUGAUCUUUCCUACACAGCCCAGUCCUCCAAGAUGCUGGGUUUGGAGUUAAAGUAUUUGGAUUUGAAUACUGGCUCUGACAUCAUCUAUAUUGUUGGGUAACUCAUUUAACUUCUUAGGGCCUCAGUUCUACAUCCAUAAAAUGAGGGGAUUAUAUCAUAGAGACUCUGAGUUCCCUUCCAGUUCUCAAUCUAUGAUCCUAUGACUCCCAGAAAGGUACUAUGAAGAGAAAAGACACAGCUUCAAGACUUUCAAGUCAGGCUGUUGUUGUGCAAAAUUUGGAAGCAAUUAAAGUUUGUCAUGGGGACUCCUCUAUCCAUCCUUUUUCACUUUUGAAAUAAUAUCCUAACAGAAGACGUCUUCACUUAUCUAAAUGUAAAUUUCCUUAGCUAUAAAAGGAAGUGUUUGAACUAGAUCAGGGGUUCUUAAACUAAGGUCCAUGAA